GCAUGCACGCCCUAUGAGCAGCAUGUCAGUCUGGAGCCAUCCGUCCCAGUCUACAUUCAAGACCAGUCUUUACAUUAAUCUGAACACUCCAAUUAUACUUUUUUGAAUCCCGUUGCAUCAUUAAACCACGAUAAUGGACCUGUCGCGAAAAACGUGCGUAACGUACGUGGCUGCCGACUGCGGCUCCAUUAUACCAGGGAAGUCCAGGGCGGCUGCGGCUUUCAAAACGGUCGACAUCUACCGCAGACUGGUCGAAGCGGGCGUAAAUGUUAUUGACAUCGACAUGAGUAAACUCCCCGACUGCGAUGACCUGGCCCCAGGACCGGACGUGCUCGAUGGAAAGGUGACCUACAAGCCUAGCUCCUUCGUACCAGGCGAUAUUCGCAAUAGGGCGGGCAAUCUGGAACUCCUUCGCAGAGUGCGAAGGAAGAUGUCCGUAAACUUUCAAGCGGAGCCCAGAGCAUUCCAGCUAGUUCUUGGGGGCGAGUGCUGCAUGCUGCCAGCCAUCCUUUCUUCUGUCAAGAAAGAAUACCACGAGUCUACUACGGGUCUCGUCUAUAUUGACGCGGACACCGAUCUGCACUCACCCUUAGACGACGAUUGGAUGGGCUAUUUUGCAAGCAUGACGAUGACGCAGCUCAUGGCGCGGCCCGGGGCAAUUAGUGACGGGUCGGAAGGCACACUAGACCCUGUACUCGCUCGUGAGAAGCUCUGCGAUGGUACCAAUACAGUUUUCUUCGGCACAAACCUUCCCCACCCGGGGAACAAGCCGAAGCACCUAGCAUAUCUGAACGACGAGCACUUCAAAGUUAUCUCGUCAGAAGCGCUGGCAAACCAUCCAGAAGGACGUGCAAACGAAGCAUUGGAGCACCUUGAGCAGAACAAGGUUGAGGCUAUCUGGGUGCACCUUGAUAUUGACUCCAUUGAUCCAGGCGAGUUUCCGCUGGCAAAUGUUCCAAACUUUACGGGCGUGACAUUUCAGACAAUGAUGCAGGCUUUGUCAGUGUUCGUGGCUAGCACCAAGGUCGUUGGACUGUCCAUCGCAGAGGUCAAUCCAGAUCAUGAUCCUGACCUGGCCAUGACGACGAUGCUAACCAAAGAGAUCGUGAGUAUGCUUGCGAGAAGGGAACUGGUUGACUCGUUCUGAACGGUCUGGAAAUGUGGCCUCAGCACACGAGAAGUGGACGCAGACUGGAAACAAG